AUGCAUGGCGACGACUUUGCACCGAGAGUCAAGAAGCUCUUUGAUCCCGAACGCGAAGCGGCCAUAGACGCCAUUCAGUCUGGGGUGUAUAUUGGAUGGCGCUGUCCCGAGUUUAAGCAUGAUUGCAUCCGUGUAUGUAAGAAUUCGAAAUGUUUUUGUGGUCAUUUAUUAAACGAACAUGCCCAAUACACGGGGAAGAGUGUCAUGGUCCCUUGUACCGCCCCGCGAUGCGAGUGUAAGGCGUUCGCAUUUAUCCAGUCCCGUCCCGAGGAGGCGGGUGAAUUCUGGCUUCAGCGCCGUCCGGGCUAUGACCCAAGUACGUGGCGGGCCAAGUGCAAAUGUAAACACACCCAUGAGGAACACCACCCCACGGGGCUUAGGAGAUGCAAAGUCAGGGGAUGCGGAUGCUCCAAAUUUUUCUCGAAUUUUCUGUGUGCUGCAUGUGACAGGCAUUGGGAAGAACAUGAAACAUCAUUUGAAACAACAGCCAUUAGAAAGGACAUAGGUUUGCCGUAUGGUGAGGCAUACCUCCCCUUUCACGAGUUUCCCGAAUUACGGAAUAUGGUAUUGACCGGAAAAGAAGAUGAUGACAGUCAAUAUUAUGCACUCACUUCUGGUCCUCAUGUAAUACCAGAAAAUUCACCUACAGAUCUUGCCCUCAGACUGAGAGGUGCUAAUCCACAACAUAACCCCUUCAUAUGGUAA